AUUCAUAUAGCCAGACGUUAGCUCCAAGUUGACGUUAGAACGAAAACAAUUGACUUUCUUCAUCUUCCACAUUUUUACCCUUGAUGUUAUGGAUAAAAUUAUUUGGUAACGCUUAAGAAUAUUUACCAAGAGGUUUCGCAAGUAACCACUGCGAGUUGAAAAUGGAGCCCUUGCACUCUGACAAAAAUGAUGAAAACAGUGGAGGCUCCUACAGGAGACGAAUAUCUUCUAUUCUUAAAACUCCACAUAAAUCUGCAAGAUUCCCAGAUCCAAGCCAACAGGAAAACGAGGUUGAAUGUGCCAAACCAGUUGAUAAAAGAAAUUCCAGAAGAGUUACUUUUGCACCAGCCAAUGAUGUUCUUCUUUAUUCCAAGGAUGUGAAAAAUGCCUCGCUGGUCCGAAGUCCAUUCCAAGAGUUAAUGUCUACAGCGUCAGUGCCAGCAGAAAAUAGUGCCCAAGUGUCAGUUAGUGAAGAUGGGAUCCAUCAAAAAAUGGGAAUGGACCCACUGAUAGGUGCACCUCUUCAUGUCUAUGAACAAAAAGGAAAUGCCAACAUUGAACCAGGAGAAGUCUUUGGUGAGAAAACAGUGACGUUUAGUGGGGAGGAUAGCUUCAUGGAGAGUCAAACGAUCAACAUCACUGGCCAUCAAGACUAUCUUGUAGGUGCUUCACAGAACAAUAGAACCUUGCUUUCUUGUGGAAAGAAUACAGCAAUGUCCUCAGGAGAUGGCAAAUCAAUGAAAUUGAGUCUUGGUCACGGCGCAAAUGUCGCAAGAGAGGUGCACGAUAGAGUUGCGUCAUCGGAGCGAAGAUUUGAUCCUUGUUUCAACAACUUGCUUGCUUGUAUUCUAAGCCCAUAUGGAUCAAAUGUUGAACCAGAUGAAACCAUGUUGAACAUGACAACAGUAGAUGUGGAUAAGGAAAAUCAAGAUCAUACUUUGGUUCAUUCUGAAACGGGGACUAUUGGAGUCUGUCAAGAUGAAAAGAGCAAGACGGAUAUGACAGUUACUCACACGGGCCACAUUGCAGGAUUGAAAGAUGAUGCUGAUGAUCCCUUUCGGUGUUUUUUCCCCCAACAAGAAAUGUGUUCCCAGUCUGGGACGGCAUCACAAGCAAGCCCCAACACAAAGACCCUGCAGAAACACACCAGAAUCACCCUGGGAUCACCCAAUCUAAAAGAUACUUUCAAAGAACAAUCCACAGAGAAGAAAAUGAUAUUCACUGCAGAAGAUGCCUGUAUGGACAUGACAGAUUUUUUCUGUGAAGAAAAAUCUGGCCUUUUUGCGUCAUCUACGGAAAAGAAAGACAGAGCGACUACUGGCCAAUCGGCUUCAUCUGAAAAAAAUGUGGACCCCAAAUUUGAAGAAUUCCUUGCAAAAGACUUCAAAACAGAUGGCACCAAAGUUAAUCCUGGACAUUCUGGAAUGGCUCACAUUAACCCUCUCGCUAAGGCAACUGAGGAACCAUUUAAUGGAAAUCCAAUCCAUCCCAAAGAUGACUUGACCAUAGAUAUGACAGAAUUUCAAAGAUGCGAUAUCCGACGUUGCCUACCUGCGCAAGUGAGGCACCCUAAAGGGCGACAAACCGCAUUUCAGCAGUUGUUCCCUGACACUUUACCUACCAGUGACGAGAGAACUGUGAGGUUCACAGCAAAUGACGGUACAAUGGAUAUGACCCAAAGCCUUAAAGUAAACAUUGAUACGCCAUUUGAACCAGGCACACUCAAAAAUACUGGAGGAGAGAAUACUGUCAUUAAGUUUUCAGCAAAUGACGUAGCGACGAAUGUGACGCAAAGCCUCACCUCAGUAAUUGAUACUCAGCUCGAGCCUGAAGUACCAAAAAGUAUCCGUAGUGUACCUGCAGGAGAAGAAAAAACGAUUCGGUUUUCAGAAAAUGACGCAGCGAUGGAUAUGACGCAAGGCCUCGCCGCAGUGAUUGACACUCCCUUUGAACCUGAAGCACAUCACAAUGCUAGAAAAGAGAAACCUGUCAGGUAUUCAUCAAAUGGUAUUGAGAUAGAUAUGACGGGAAACCCGACCGCAAAUAUUGCUACAUAUUUGGAACUAGGAGCACCCCACAAUGAGCCUACUGGAAAAGAGAAAACAAUCCAAUUUUCAGUAAAUCAUGAUGCAAUGGAUAUGACACAAAGCCUCACCUCAGUAAACGAUACUCAGUCCGAGCCAGAAGUACCAAAAAAUGUCCACCGUGAACCUGCUCGAGAAGAAAAAACGAUCCAGUUUUCAGCAAAUGAUGCAGCGAUAGAUGUGACGCAAAGCCUCACGGCAGCGAUUGAUACCCAGCUCGAGCCAGAAAUACCCCAAAAUAUCCGUCGUGUACCUGCUGGAGAAGAAAAAAUGCUCAGGUUUUCAGCAAAUGACGCAGCGAUGGAUACGAUGCAAAGCCUCACGGCAGCAAUUGAUACGUGGCUUGAGCCAGAAGUACCAAAACAUAUUCGCCGUGAACCUGCUGGAGAAGAAAAAGUGAUCAGGUUUUCAGCAAAUGACGCAGCGAUGGAUAUGAUGCAAAGCCUCACCUCCGUAAUUGAUACUCAGCUCAAGCCAGAAGUACCCAAAUAUAUUUGUCAUGUACCUGCUGGAGAAGAAAAACUGAUCAGGUUUUCAGCAAAUGAUGCAGCGAUGGAUAGGACGCAAAGCCUCACCUCAGUAAUCGAUACUCAGUCCGAGGCAGAAGUACCAAAAAAUAUCCACCGUGUACCUGCUCGAGAAGAAAAAACUAUCCGGUUUUCAGCAAAUGAUGCAGCGAUGGAUAGGACGCAAAGCCUCACCUCAGUAAUCGAUACUCAGUCCGAGGCAGAAGUACCAAAAAAUAUCCACCGUGUACCUGCUCGAGAAGAAAAAACUAUCCGGUUUUCAGCAAAUGAUGCAGCGAUGGAUAGGACGCAAAGCCUCACCUCAGUAAUCGAUACUCAGUCCGAGGCAGAAGUACCAAAAAAUAUCCACCGUGUACCUGCUCGAGAAGAAAAAACUAUCCGGUUUUCAGCAAAUGAUGCAGCGAUGGAUAUGACGCAAAGCCUCCCCACAAGAUUUGAAACUAGUCAAGAUGCGGUGGAAAGUCCAGAUGCUGUCAACUCAGAAGAAACUCAAAAUAGCAAAGAAGCUGAAUUGAGGAAUAAAACUAGUCCCUUAUCGCAAAAGUUAAGUUCACCCAGUACCGGUGACCAUGGCAGACAUUCAAGUCCCUCAAGGAAGUCUAGACGGUCAAGUAUUGCUGAUCUUCAGUUAAAAUUAAGGCGCUUAAGCCACAUAAUGACCUCUGAGGUCAUUCCUCCAGACAGCACUGCAUUUUUGCCUAAUUUGGAUUCUGACGCUGACAAAAGCACAAAAUACAACAACGACCUUUCGGUAUCGGAAUUUGUGCCAGAUAUUAAAGCAGGCUCAGGAAACGCAGAGGAUUCCGAAACACAAUCCGGUCCGCAAGGGUCUGCAAUUGUGGGAUCCCCUUUUGCGUUCAAGACGACAGAGCUGAUGUCAACACUGUCAACUGGAGGCUUUCAGCAAAAACUCCCACAAAGAAAAACUCGAUCCAGCCAAAGCAACUCUCGGGAGAAAUCUGUGAGUUGGACGAAAAUUGACAAUAUUGUCGACAAACUGAAAACGUGGAACGACGGUGACGUGCGUAACAUUUGUGAUGAAGAGCUCGUUAGCUGUGACGAGUCCUUCCAAACAAUGGACGACAAAAGUCCCCCCAAAGAAAAUUCAUUUAUUAUGGAAGAGUUUAGCAUCGAUGAAGUCUUCCUGAACAAUGUUCUUCGAGAAAACAGCCCCGAUGGAGUCCAGGGAACCAAAAGAUGCUUGGCAUCAGAUGAACACAAUACAGAGAACAAAAAGAAAAUGAAAGCGUCCAGCGUGAUGUUCCCUGAGGCUGUUGCAACGGAAAUACAGGCUCAAGUUCUCGAAAUUGAUCAUCGUGCGGACACCACCAUAGUUCCAUCCUCGUCAAACCACACGAUGGAUUCUUCCAGCAGUACUCGCUCAAACAACAGCUCGUGUGACGCUACAUUUAAUCCUACUUUUAAACACAGCAUGAUGGAAUCUCAUUUUGAAGACCGUGAAGUGCAGAAAUUAAAGGAUGGCAGUAUAACCGUGCUUGAGUUCUUAAGACUGUUCAACAUAGACUUUGUGAUCCAUGAACCUAGGCAAAGCAUCCUUCCUGACAAAUUUCCACAUGCCACUGGUUGCUCAGCAAUGGAUGUAUUAAAAAACAGACAUGUAUAUCAUCCUAAAAAAUUGGUCUAUGAAGCUGAUUUCAACAACCUCUCUGAAAAGGUGGAAGGGCUGAAUUACAGAAUGUUGGACAAAAACAAAUCUCUCAAGGUGAUCAAUUACCAAUUGUGGGCAAAUUUGAAAGACUGGACAGAAAAGGAGAUCAAAUCUUUUGGUAUAAAACUAAAAGAAAGGCACAAUUCCUACAGAAAGAUGAGCAAAAUCCACAGACAUGAAAUGAAGGAGGUCCUGUACUCAAACCUUGUACAGACCCUUAAGGAUGAGCAGCAGAAGUUCAAAAGUGCAAUUGAAUCGAACGAGAUGAUCAAAAUUCUGGAUGAUUGCAUUUGUGAUUUGGAAGCAGAACUAGCUGCAGUUGAAGACAAAGGAAGUGAAGACAUGCCAAGUCUGAAGUCACUUCAAGAAGAGAUGAUAAAAGUCAAUGAGGCAUUGGAUGACAAAAACCGACAAAUAUGCGAACUGGAGUUGGAGAAAACUCAAGCUUCAGGAAAAUUGGUCAGGUUGAAAGCUGAGACCAAAAAUCUUCAGAGCUUCAUCGGCGUGCUUGAGAAGCUGACCGAAUGGAGAGUCAGAGAAAAGACGGAAACACACACCCUGUACACUUUCCUCUACGACACAUUGUGUUUACAGCUGGUGCACGCAGGAGAUAGCGCGGAACCUGAUCGGAAAAUAUCCCAGAUCAAUUUCAAAUUUGUCCUUGAUGAUGAAAAGUCACAGAGCCACGCACGCAUUGCUCACAAACUGCUGUCUCAGCAUAUCGAGCGUGAAACAGCCUGGGUGGAGAAGUACCCAACAAAUAGUUACAUCCCAAAGCUGCUCCAUGACUUGUCCUUGGUGGUGAGUACCUGUCGGCUCUUGGGGGAGGAGUUACGACUCCUGAAAAUGUGGGGAGGUUUACGGCUCAACAUUGUGGACAUUAGCUGUCAGGACACUCGGGUGAAUAUUGUCUUCAGCAGUCUGAGGAGACGUUCCAGAUUUGAGGUCGUUUUGUCAGUCAGCUUGGCCAAACAGUGCUAUGUUCUUCAUGUGCAUAGCUUUCAAAACUUCUUUGGAGACGCAAGGGCUGAGCAAAUUGACCAGAUUCUCAAGUCAUUCUCCACUGGCAGAAACCUAUUGACAAAGACUAUCAAAAAGAUCAACUGUGAUUUACUUUGUUGAAAGUUGUACAAUAUGCCCCUUUGUAAGGGUCUGCAGAAUUUUGUUGUAUUUUGGCAGGCUGCAGUUCCCUCAUUCACCUGUAGAUGACAAUGACGUUCUACUUAGUUUUGGUUCCCAAAUUAAGAUGUUGAGGUUAGUGAUUUUGUAGUAAUGUUUGGAAUUCUCUUGUUACUGCAGUGAAUAUGUUUUUGUCAGAUUUUAGGUUUGUUAAAGACCCAUUGGUGUGUAUUAUCCAUAUUCAAAUAAACAUUUUGGAAUUAG